AUGGCCACCCCAACCCCAAUCGCAACUCUCGGCCGCGAUGCUAAGACUGCCGAAGCUGUCCGAGAGCUACUCCUCCCGGACUUCGAUGUUGUGCACACAUGCCUCGAUACCGCCACGGCCGAGACAGAGCUCCCCCUCGUCUGCUCCGGACAACUCGAAGCCGCGGCCCAGUCCGGGCUGGGCAGCAACGCCAAGCUUCCCGCCGGCGAACGACGGGUCCCCUCGGUCAUCUAUCUCGGAGGGGGGGUCUCUGACGAAGACACCGCGAAGCUCACUGCCGUGGUUGGAGAGAAGGCACCGGGCGUUCGCUUCAUUCGUGUCACGCGCGACGAGGUCCUUGCGACCGGAGCCACGGGACCAGUUCCAGAAGUCAUUGCGAAGAUCUUUCGCGAAAAGUUUGCGAGCCUGUAA